AUGAGCAAAAAGGGCGCCGCUGCCGGCGCUGUGCCUGAUGCAUGGGACGACGAUUGGGUGAAGGCGGCCGAUACCCCACCCGCCGCGCAGACGACAGCGACCACAUCUGGAUCCGCGCCAAAGCUGAGCAAGGCCGAACGGCGGGCGCAGCAUCUGGAACAGCAGAAGCAGCUAUGGGACUCGGCCGAGAAUCCGGCACGCUUUCACUGGCUGGAGACCCAAGGUGUCGUGCCUUUGAAGCAGGAGUUCGCCCCGCCCGUUACAGUGCUCAGCCGGAAGCCGCCAACCAUUGCCAAGCGUACUGCCACAGACGGCCUCGGUCAGCUCAGUCUCGAGGAUGAUGAGGAUAGUGAGGAGGAAGCGCGGAAGAAGCGUGAAGCCUCGAUGGAAGAGCGCCAACGUCAAGCUAAGAUUGAGCGCGAGGAGAAGCAGCGACGCUAUGCGGAGGCGCGAGAGAGGAUCAUGGGCUCUUCCAAUCCAUCGCCCACUACCAACUCCCGUGACAGCUCGCAAGCUCGGGAUACUCGACGAAGAGGUGGCAAAGCUCAGGGAACCCGACGGAGUCAACCACAUUCACCUGCGGAGCCUGUUGGAUCUUACAGUCCCAGCGCGAGUGCCACUCCGCAGCUGUUUGAUCCGGAGGACAUGGGUAGGCGCUUAGCACACCCAGGACGAGAUGGAAACAACACUCCUAAGGCUGAAGGCAAGGGCGAAGGUCCCGCGAGACAGCCGCGUGGGCCUUCGGGUGGUGGAUUCGGAUUUGGCAAUCGUGGUGGUCUUACGUGA